AUGCAUCCGACCGCGAGAUCGCGUCUCUUCGUUUUAACGAAAGAGUUCCAUUCGAAGAGGUCCCUUAGCUCGCGAGAGUUGAUCGAACGCGACGACAAGUUCGGCGGCAGGCACUUCAAGCCUCUCCCAGUUGUACUAACGAGGGGCGAGGGUGUUCAUGUGUGGGACGUCGAAGGAAAGCGGUACCUCGAUUUUUUAGCCGGUUUUGCCACCGUCAACCAGGGUCACUGCCAUCCGCGAUUGGUGAAAGUCAUGAAGGAACAAGCGGGAAAGCUCGCGCACACGUCCAGAGCUUUUUAUUCGGAGCCUCAUGGCGCGCUGGGAGAAUACCUGACCAAGCUAUUAGGCUGGGACAGAUUUUUACCGAUGAAUACCGGCGUCGAAGCCGGAGACACGGCGAUUAAAGUUGCUAGACGGUGGGGUUACAGGAUUAAGAAGAUACCGAAAAACGAGGCUACCGUAGUCUUCGCGAAGAAUAAUUUCUGUGGACGUUCGAUCGCUGCGUUAUCCGCUUCCACCGAUCCGAACUGUUACACCGAUUUCGGGCCUUACGUGCCACGUUUCGACAAAGUACCUUACAACGAUCUCAACGCUUUGGAGCAAAAGUUCCGCCAGGACCCGACGAUUUGCGCCUUCAUGGUGGAACCUAUUCAGGGAGAAGCAGGCGUUGUAAUACCUAAUGACGGAUACUUGAAAGGCGUGCGAGAUCUUUGUACCAAAUAUAAUGUAUUGUGGAUCGCUGACGAGGUUCAAACUGGCUUAUGCAGAACGGGGAAACGACUUGCAGUCGAUCACGAGAAUCAACGGCCGGACAUUCUUAUAUUAGGAAAGGCACUGUCCGGAGGGAUGUAUCCCGUUUCUGGUAUUUUAGCGGACAGCCAGAUUAUGCUAUGCUUGGAAACUGGCUCUCAUGGCAGUACCUUCGGCGGAAGUCCGCUUGGAAAUAGGGUCGCCUUGGAAGCGGUAAAAGUAUUAGAGGAGGAAAACCUCGCGGAAAACGCGAGGGAACUCGGAGAAAUUGUACGGAGGGAGUUAGAGAGAUUGCCGAAAGAAAUAGCGACGGAGUUUCGAGGGCGUGGAUUAUUGGCCGGCUUGGUGAUCAAUAAAGAUUUCGCCGAGGGAUGGGAUAUUUGUUUGAAACUGAAGGAAGCGGGAUUGUUAACGAGACCUGCUCAUGGACAGAUAUUGAGAAUAUCGCCGCCGCUCACGAUUACGAAGGAACAACUCGAAGAGGGUCUCGAUAUAUUGACCACCGUUCUCAAAAGUUAUAAAUGA